AUGCCUCAAAUUAGUUUGCUAAACUUUUUGAUAGCUGUAUUAAUCGCUCUUACUUUUGGUCUCGCCAAGUUAAUAUAUGUUUAUUUUCUAAGAAAUCCUUUAGAUCUUACGAAGUUUGGAAAAUGGGCCGUGGUAACAGGCUCAACUGAUGGAAUUGGAGCAGCUUAUGCAACUGAACUAGCUCUUCGUGGUUUUAAUCUCGUUCUUAUAAGCCGUUCUCCGUCGAAGCUUAAGUACAGCUCUGAGUUUUUCAGAUCCAGGUUUAAAGUUGACACCAAAAUAUUAGUCAUUGAUUUUAAAAUAAAAAGCUUUGAAGAGAUGAAAAAGGAAGUUUCUGAAGCCAUAAAAGAUCUGGAUGUUGGGAUUUUAAUUAAUAAUGCUGGUGUGGGCUAUGAUUAUCCUGAAUAUUUUCACGAGUUACCUGAAGGGAAAGUUGAAGAAUUAAUAAAAGUCAACAUUAACUCAGUGGCCUCCCUUACUUCUGCUGUGCUUCCUGGGAUGCUCCAGCGCAAAAGAGGGGCUAUUGUUAAUAUUUCCUCAAGCUCAGGAUUUUUUCCGAACGGGUUGCUGACUGUUUAUUCGGCUACAAAAUCUUUUGUGGAUUUCUUCUCUCGAGGAUUAGCUCAAGAGUAUGAUACGAGUGGCAUUCAUAUUCAGUGUGUCUUACCCCUCUAUGUAACAACGAAACUUAGCAAGUUGAGGCAUCCUUCCUUCUUUGUACCAACUCCAGCUACUUUUGCUAAGCAAGCCGUUCGCUUAAUAGGCUUUGAAAAAAGAAUCACCGGUUGCUUUUCUCACUCACUUCAAAUUGCUUUGACCAACUUUGUUCCAUCCUGCCUGCUUCAUAAGUACCUGUUCAGGCUACACUCUUCAGUUCGUCGAGCAGCGUUAAGAAAAAAAGCUCUUCAGAGGAAAAGUCAGCCAUAGAAAUUAAUCCUUUUUAUUGCACACUAUUAAAAUUUA